AGGGUGCCACACUCAACAUAUCUCAACCCAGUUGCCACCGUGAUCCCCCCUCCCCCCAAAAAAACAACCUAAAAUGCCUACAAUAUUCCCAACAUGGCCGCACCUCGUCUUCGCGAUCUUCGAGCCCAUCUCCCUGAUCGGCGGGUGGCUCUGCCCAAUACUCGACCUGCAAGGCUUUGUCGCUGACCAGGUUCCAUCGGCGGUCCCGAAGGAGUUGGAAAUCCAUGCAACAUCCGUCGCACUUGCCUACCAGCUGGCAAAUGUGUAUGGACUCCUCGCCAUGGUCGGAGUGGGUGUGCUCCAUGCCACCACUGAGCCGAAAGUGCUGCACAAUUACCUUGUUGCCUUGGCUAUAGCCGAUAUAGGGCAUAUCUACGUGACAUAUCUUGCUAUGGGAUGGGAUCUUUUCUUUGAUGUCGGUGCUUGGAAUGUGCUCACUUGGGGUAAUGUGGGUGCUACGGGGUUUUUGUUUGUGAAUAGGAUUAUGUAUUUUCUGGGUGUUUUUGGGUAUGCGGAAAGCGAUUCCUCCGAUGGACAGAAGGAAAAGCGGCCUUGAUUCAAUGCCAGAAGGCUCAUUGUCAUGUACAGUGGAUGAAUACUAUACUAUUUGUCUGUCGCAUAAUCUAGAUCGCCAGCAGUAACUUACAGAGCCACCGUAUCAAGUCAGUUA